AAGGAGCCAUCGAAAUGUUCGGAGAUCCGCCUGAUUUUUCAUACAAUACCAGUCUUCUCUUGCGAAAUGCGAGCAAGGACCAGCUUCUUGGUGUCUGGACUGACGAUUCCUUUACCAAAGGCUGGAAUAAUAAAGAAAGAGCACUAGCUAGAUAUAUAUCAAAUGUAUUAAUUAAAGAACUUGCGAGUGCAGGAAAGCGUGAGAGAGUUACCGACUCAUUUGUAAACUUUCUUUUAGGAGUUUUAGAAUUUAAUGAAUACCCGCUUUCCUUGGAGCUGAAGGCAGAUUGUUAUUUCAGGGUGUACAAUAAAAAGGUGACAUCGGAAACUGACUUUUCUAUAUGGAAGAGUAAUCUAUUUGUGAUAAUUGAUGAAGACAAGCACUUGCAUAACGUUACCAAAAAUACUUGGUGGGGCGAAUGUCAAAUAGCUGGUGAAUUAUUGGCUUCAGCAUUUGUAAACCACGAGGAAAUACGAGGAAGAUAUCAUGCUCAAUCAUUAUUUGCAAUACGUGUAAUUGGGACACGGUUUACGUUUUACAGGGCAGAAAUUGAGUUUAAUUAUCUUAUCAGUCUUUCUGAGGGAUUUCCGACUGACAAAAUGUAUAUAUACAAGUAUCCAGUGGAUCAAAAUACAGAUCAAUUUCCGUGUCUUGAUUAUACAGAUCCUGAUCAAAGAAAAGAGAUCCUAGAAAUUUUAAUAAAGAUAAAAAAUUUCGUUAUUCAAAAUAAAACAGUUUCACGAUAA